UGUUAUCGAAUCCCAGCUCGCUUUGCAACACUUGCGUUCCACCUGGAAUUUAUUUACGUGCUGAAAUUUCGAGUAUUUUUGUGUUAAAACAGCACCCCAUGAAUGAAAGUCUGUUCCGGAUACAGCCAAACAGGCAGUGAGCAAUGCGCCAUACCCUAUCAUCAAAUAACCGCCGCCCAGAGUGAGGAGCCGCUAGCCAAUCCGUCAGAGAAAUCCGCGCCAAGAUGAUGCCAUACCUUCGCCGCCUUUUCAGCCAGGAGCUCUCUCCGGCUGCUCAGGGCGACUUCCUGGGCUGUCUGCAGCAGGCGCCCAGUGUUCUGGCCACCGGAUUCCCUGGAGCACCCGCACUGGAGAGCCUAAGUUGGUUACACAACCUAGCGCCGUGCUUCCCGCUGCGAGGCGAUCAAAUUCAGGUCAUCCAUGAGCCAAAGCACUUCUACGAAACGCUGGUGCAUCGCAUCGGUCAGGCCAAACGCCGUAUAGUGCUGGCCAGUUUGUACCUGGGCACCGGGCAACUGGAGAACGCCAUGGUUCAGACGUUGCGUCACAGCCUGGAGCAACAGUCUGCCCUAAGGCUCAACGUGCUAUUGGACUUUACACGCGGCACGCGGGGCACUCUCAACUCCAAGACCAUGUUGCUGCCACUGGUCCGCGACUUUGCCAGCCAGGUGCAGCUCUCCCUGUACCAUACGCCUGAUCUGCGCGGGAUGACAAAGCGACUAGCUCCGCCACGAUGGAAUGAGCUACUCGGACUACAGCACAUGAAGGUCUACCUCUUCGACGAUGCCGUGAUCAUCUCCGGCGCCAAUCUGUCCAAUGACUACUUUACCAACCGGCAGGAUCGAUACAUACUCAUUGAGGACAAACCGUUGGCGGAUUUCUAUGCGCAGUUCAUCGAACGCGUGCAGGAAUUUAGUUUAGCAGUGGCACCAGAUGCCAGUGAGGGACUGCACCGCAACUGGCGAAUACUGCCGUACGAGGGCACCAAGGAGCAGUUUAUCCAGCUUGCCCGGAAGCGUAUCUCCGACCUAGUGCAGGAGACGUUUCAGCGGCAGGCGCGAACUAAGGAGCAGAAUCCGCAGGCAGACACAUGGAUUUUUCCGCUGCUUGAGAUGGGACAGAUCGGCAUCCAUCACGACAGCGUGGUGACCAAGCGGCUGCUCUCCAAUUGCGUGUCUGGAUCACGGCUAAAACUGGCCACAGGCUACUUCAAUUUGACGCAGGAGUACAUGGACACGCUCACGCACAAGUGCCUGGCCCAGUGCAGCAUACUGAUGGCUCAUCCAAAUGCAAACGGCUUUCAGGGUGCCAAAGGACCAGCGGGCGGAAUUCCGGCUGCCUACACACUGAUAGCCAAGAGUUUCUACGAGAGCCUGGUCCGCCGUAAGCAAAACCACCGCGUCAACUUCUUCGAGUACGAGAAGCCCGGCUGGACGUACCAUGCUAAAGGUCUGUGGUACUACCUGCCCGAGGCGCUACUGCCCAACCUCACGCUCAUCGGCUCUUCGAACUUUGGCGAGCGAUCGGUGAACCGCGAUCUGGAGACGCAGGUGUGCCUGGUGACGGCUAAUAAGGAUCUGAGCCAGCGGCUGCAGGCGGAAGCUGACCGGCUGUACGAUCUGUCACAGACGGCGGAGCGGGAAAUCGUCCAACGACCCGUUCCGCGAUGGGUCCAGGCCGUCGUUCGCAUAUUCAGGAAUUUCUUCUAGGCUCUUUGAUACAAUAGCUUAAUUUUUUUCGUUCUUUGUUAAGGCCCAUAUCCCAAGUAGUUAAUUUAGUUUUAUAAUUCGUGUUUAAUCUUUGCCCUGGGCAAGUGUUUCUAUUGCUGGUAAUUGUUGCUUUUGUACACACGCUAAAGUUUGUUAAAUAAUAAAGAGAAUGUUAUACGGAAUCGAGGGUAUGCAGAAGGAAAACUA